AUGGGAAAUGUUUGCAGUUGUUUAAAAAGAGAGGAGGAUAAUCAAGAAGCUGGAAUAAUCGAGAACAUGGAAGAAGGAAAUGUCGGCAAUGAAAUUUUGGAAGAAAAUUUGGAGGACUUUCAGAAUGAGGAAGUUUUGCAAGAUGCUGUAAAUUUGCCUGUUCCCGAUUUUGAAGUUAAUCAAUUGGCGAUUUAUUUGGCAGCAAUUGACAAUCAGGAUUUUGGAGCGCUUGAUCCAACACCUGGCUUUUUUCCAAUCUUUGGAUAUACCCCUGACGGAGAAGGCUGCCUGCACUUAAUUGUGACAAAAAUUUUAUAUUACAAACCUGACGAAGCAUUAGUCGGCAAUUGCGAUACAAUGGUUAAAGACUCUUAUAUGAUUGCUGAAGUUUUCAUACGUACUCACUUAAUUGAGCUGGGAAUUGACUUCUCAAGAACUUGUCAUUUUUUUGGCCAUAUUUAUCCGAGUGAUGCUCCCAAGACUGGUUAUUCUGCAGGAUGUGCAUUGGUGACAUCCAUGCUCUCCGCCAUAAAAGAACGUGGAGUCUCACUGAAUAUUGGAUUUUUUGGUGAGAUAGGAGAAGACGGUAGAGUGAUUGUGGUUGGAGGAGAAGCUGCUAAAAUCAAAGCUGCGGUCCGGGCCAAAAUUCAUACCAUAAUUGCACCCAGGUUGAUGCAAACGGCAAUUGAACGAACCGACAUCCUGUAUAGAAGCCAAAUUAAUUUUAUUUAUAUUGAUUAUUAUACUGAAGCCUUACCCAUUUUGUUUCCUGAUUAA